CCCAUGAAGAAAUUGUAGAAGCUGAGAAGGCUUUUCAAGUUAAAUAUUUUUAUGUUGUGGUUGAUAUGGCUGUAACUUCUUUGAAGGACAGAUUCAAAGAACUCAUGGUGUUUAAAGAUGUAUUUGGUUUUUUAUUGAGCUCGCGCACCAUGAAGUCAUUAAGUGACAGUGAACUUGAAGGAAGUUGCAGAAAAUUUGCACAAACUUUCUCUCUGGAGGGUGGUUCAUGUGAUGUUGAGGUAUAUGAUCUUAUUUCUGAAUUAAAGAUGAUGAGAUUCACAUUGCCAGAUGGCGUGAAGUCUGCUAUGGAGAUUUUUGAGCAUGUCAGAGAAGUUGAUUGUUAUCCUAAUAUCUCCAUUGCUUACCGCAUCAUGUUUACUGUGCCCGUGACUGUCGCAUCAGCUGAAAGAAGCUUUUCAAAGUUGAAAUUAUUGAAGAACUAUUUGAGAUCAACAAUGACUCAACAGAGGUUAAACGGUUUGGCAACAUUAUGCAUCGAGAAGAAAUUAUUAGAUGACAUCGACAUCGACCCCAUCAUAAGUGAAUUUGCAUCAAGGAAUGCUAGAAGGAAAUUUUAAGGUACUAUGUAUAAAAUAUUUGAUAUGCUAGUGCUUCUGGAUACAUUUAAGUGAUAUUGAGAAUAUUAUUUUUUGCGUAUAUCUAUAAA